AAGAGAGUGAGUGGCAACAAAAGACCCAGCAGCAGCGUAAGCACAACAUUACCGCGACGUAACCUCCGAAAAACCUCAGAAGAAGCAGCAGGACGGUGCAAUAUUUGGAACCACAGAAUAACCCCAGGGGACUCUAGAAGAAAAACAGAAGUCGAAGAAGUAACCCAACACAAUCUUCGGACAGUCGCAGCCUACAGCAAGGAACCCUAGAAGAACUCUGAAGAUGUCCAAUGCUCUGCUGAGGAGAAAUUCCAGCAAACAGGGUCUCCAGAACCUCAUAAGGUUGACAGCUCAAAGGAGUGUUGAGGAUGCCGAGGAAGUGGAAAGAGAACGUAGAAGACGAGCUCGAGAGGAGGUCUAUCGCAGGAACGAUGAUGCGGCACCUGCAGAUUACGCAAGCAACCAGACAGACAAUGAUGACACAUUUCAAGGCGUUGUGAAGCCCCGCAGCUCACCAUCUCUGGAGGAGGACGAGGGCUUCAGUGACUGGACGCAGCGCAGACAGCAGAAACGACAACAGCGCCUCGAGGAGGUGGCCAAGGGAGAACGGCUGCACUCCAAGAAGGACGAACAUGACAGGGACACCUACAGAGCGCCCUCGGAAGACACCUCAGCAUCCUCCAGUACGUCAUCAUCUUCAUCCACUCGCGUCCUGAUCCCAAAGACUGACGACACGGCCACACAUCAUCAGAGUCAGGCGGAGGAAAGGCAAAGAGGCAAGGGGUCACAGACAUCUAAAGUUUUCCUUUUCCAAGAUUACAAACACGAUGGAGACACUGCCCAACAAGAAGUGACUUCAUAUUCCAGCAAACAACCCAAGAGCAGGUCUCCCAGGUGCAAUGAGCAGGGCGAGGCGGAGGCUAUCGUGGAGGCAGAGCGUCGUAUGGAGAAGAUCCGCCUGGGUCUCCAGGAGAAGGAGUGUCAUGAACUGGAGCAGCUGAAACAUCGGCAAGCUCAAGCCGAGCAUGAGCUAGAGGAGCUCACCAGGAGGAGAGAGCUGAGAAGACGACUCAGAAGUGAGGAGGAACAGCGGCAGCAAGUUGACGAGCGACAACGUGCCACCAAAGAGGAGGAGGAGCACCGUCGAAUGAAAGAGGACAUAGAGAGGAGAAGAGUAGAGGCGGCCGUGCGUAUGAAGAGCUUGAGUGGCAGCAGCGGCGACACAGACAAGACCUUCAGCCCCAUCAAGACGCCCACACAUAAAAUUACAGAGAGGACAGAGUCCCUCAACCGCUCGCUGAAGAAAAGUAACAGUUUCAAAAAGACAUCAGCGAUUGUACUUGUCAGCAACAUCGAUGACAAGAUGGAGCAGUACGCACAUGCUGUAGAGAACUCUCAGGAACCUCGAGGAUUGAAGACCUCAAUGGCUGACCUUCCCAACUCAUUGGAGGUUGUCACCUCUAAGAAGAACUUGUUUGAGGCCGGUGAGGUGCAGACCAGCCCCUCCCCCAAAACAACUUCCUGUCGGGACACUGACGGUUUAAAGGUGGGCGUGGCCAACCUCAUCAACCAGUGGGUUAAGGGACAACCGAACACUGGCCGACCUACACAAAGCCAAGUGGCGGAUGUCAAGUAUGGAGAUGUGAUGCAGAAGAAAAACAUGUGGGAAGUUAUUGGAGAUUCAUCAGGGAGAUCUGCCACAGACAUCAAGGGUUCGGCAGCAGUGAAUAAGAAGUUCAGAUUUGUCGUGACAGGACAUGGCAAGUAUGAGAAGAUCUCUGUGGACCAGGAACAUGAUGCUAACACAAAAUCUGAUUGCUGUCAAAGUGAUUACUGAGUUGGUCUCAAUUUUCCAGCUUGGACACCACACCUCCCAAGAAACACUGACCCACACAACAACUACACUUAUCGAAUAUUACACACAACUUUCUUUGUUCACAUUAUUUGAGCUGCACAAUCACUUCCUGUUUGUGUUCACCUUUUAUUCUUUUAUUAUUAUUUUUGUUUUCGUCCAUCAACCUGUUUUUAUUGUCCUUCUGUGACUUUGUACUGUCCUUUUUUAAAGACAAUUAAAACCUUUUUUAGAAGUA